AUGGUUGAUCAGUUCCAGGGAACGUGGAAAUCUAUUUCCUGUGAAAAUUUUGAAGACUAUAUGAAAGAACUGGGAAUUGGGAGAGCCAGCAGGAAACUCGGCUGUCUGGCAAAACCCACUGUGACCAUCAAGACAGAGGGGGAUGUGACCACUAUAAAAACCAAAAGCAUCUUUAAAAAUAAUGAGAUCUCCUUUAAACUGGGAGAAGAGUUUGAGGAAACCACCCCAGGUGGCCAUAAAACCAAGAGUGUGAUAACCUUAGAUAACGACUCCUUGAUCCAGAUUCAGGACUGGGAUGGGAAGAAGAUCUCCGUAAAGAGAACGGUGGCGGAUGGGAAGAUGGUGGUGGAAAGUGCCGUGAACAGUGUCAUCUGCACGCGGACAUAUGAGAGAGUCGAAGCUAACUCAGCUUCCAACCCAGAAGACAUCGAGCAGUACCCCGCGGCGGCCGGCAAGGCGAAUGUUCUGCGUUGUCAGCACCGAACCGCGAGCGGCUCGGGCAGCCGGGGUUUAGAAACCAGUUUUCGAAAAUUCCUUCACAAGCGGAAAGAGGCCUGCCACCCCUGUCCAGGAUCCACACAUAUCCGGGCCCCGGCUCUUCAGUACGACUCUUAG